AAGGUGUAGACGUAGAACUACCGAAGAAGAAGCAGAAGCAGUAGUGUUUUGGUUUGACAGCUAGCAUACAUUGGUUAAUUCACCAUUAUUCCAGAUUGUCUUUAUCUCUUGGGAAGCGGACAUGUCCAGUCGGGCUCUGCGGAGACUGCGUGGUAAACAGCGCGGUCAGGAGGCGCUGGACCUCGGGGAUUUAACUCCAGAUGGGGAGCAGUCCGAGGAGGAGCAGCUGGAAUCCGAGGAGGAGCAGCUGGAAGUGGCUCAUGUUUCUGACUUUCCGGCUGACAAGAGAGACAGAGGCCGAAAAGCCAAGAAGAACAAGGCGCAGAAAAACGUCAGCAACAUCUACGAACUGAUAUGCGACGUAGAAAAUGAGGCGGAGAAAACCUCAUCUUAUGAAGACGCCAAAAAAUUAAAUUCAAACAUAACAAGUCACAUAGAACAUAAUGAUAAUGAAGAGAGUGACAAGCCUGGUGAAAUGGAGGAGGAAACGUCAACAGCCAAGUCUGUGUCUGAAGACAGAGUUAAAAAGAAGAAAAAGAAGAAGAAGAAGAAGGGGACUCCAGACGAGGGACAGGAUGGUGCAAAUGACAACAUCGAUUUAAUCCUGGAGAAUCUGGAGCAACCGAACGGUGGUCUGGGUCUACAAAAUGAAGACUGUGGAUGUUCUCAAAGGCGACACGUGUUGAAUGUAGAGCACAGGAAUCUCAAUUCGGAGACAGAGCUGAAGAAAUAUUUUGGAGCCCGAGCUGUUUUGGGAGACCAAAGACCUCGUCAAAGAAACAGGCAGUUUCACCGCAGCACCUGGCUGACCAGUCAUAAGGACAGUUGGCCUCGAUUCAGCCGCACAGGAAUCUCAAUGACCCUGCUGCAGACUAAAGACGGCGUUCAUUACUUCACCUUUGAGCAUGACCGGGACUACCAACAAGUUCAGUUCAAGUUCUUUGAUGCUGUGGAGUCCAUGGAUCCCAACAACAUUGUGGCUCUGCUACAAGCUAAUCCUUACCACAUCGACUCCUUGCUGCAGCUGUCGGAUGUCUGUCGAAUACAGGAGGACCAGGAGAUGGCCAGGGAUCUCAUCGAGAGGGCCCUGUACAGCCUGGAGAGUACCUUUCACCCAUUAUUCAGCCUGACCUCAGGCAACAGCAGACUGGAUUAUCUGCGACCUGAGAACAGGGCGUUUUAUCUGGCUCUUUAUAAGCACAUGAUGUUUCUGGAGAAGAGAGGAUGUCCCAGAACAGCUUUGGAGUUCUGUAAACUGAUCCUGAGUUUGGACCCAGACUCUGACCCUCUCUGCAUGCUGCUGCUGAUCGAUUUCCUCAUGCUGCGCUCCAGAGAGUAUCAGUCCCUCCUACACUUAUACCAGGAUUGGGAGGACCACAGGAACCUGUCGCAGCUGCCCAACUUUGCCUUCUCCACUGCACUAUGUCAUUUUCAUCUGAGCCAAGAAGAAGACCUGGAUCCAGAAGAAAGUGACAAACUCAGAAGCAGAGCUGACGAGAUGCUAGAAAACGCCCUCAUCAUGUUUCCUGGAGUCUUGAUGCCUUUGCUGGAUUUGUGCACCGUGCAGCCGGAUGCUACCGUCACCUCACAUGCUUUCUUUGGGCCAAAAAGUUGCAUAGGGCAGCCACCAGCUCUGACCGAGCUGACAGCCCUGUACAUCGGUCGGAGCUUCAGCAUGUGGAGGGAGGCGCCGGUGAUGCUGUGGCUGGAGGAGUGUGUGAAGGAAGUGUUGCGUCGCGUCGAUGCCAACGAUCCUCAGGUGGAGGACUGUCAGAACAAGCGGCAGCAGAGGUACCAGAGUGCACCGAGGAACAUCCACCGACACGUUCUCCUGUCCGAGAUCAAGGAAGCCACUUCCUGUCUGCCUUUAGAGGUGACCACUCAGCCCAUGAUGGGCUUUGACCCUCUGCCUCCACUGGACUCAGUCAUAUCAUACACCCAACCUGAGAGGCAAAACGGCGGUGCGUCCAACGAGAGCACGUUGUCCCUGUUUUUCCGUUCUUUGCUGCCAAAUUUCAACUUUCAGGGUGGACAGAGGGACGAAGAAAACCUGGAAGUGGCACAAGCUGGUCAAGAGCUGAACCAGGAGGUGAACCGACUCAUGGUCGCCAUGAGGGACAUGCUGGCAAACAUCAGGUUCCAGGAGCCACCGAGGGACGACAACCCCUACAGAGACGAGGACGAGUGGGACUGAGGGUGAAAAUCUUGAAAAUUAAAAUAUUGAAACUGACUAAUAUUUUUAUAAUUGUAAAAUUGUUAUUAAAGAAAAAUAAUUAGGUCUCUAUUGAAGCGGGUGAAAAUGAAAGGAUUUUGGUCGUGUUUCAGUUAUGAUUAAGACUCUGUUCAUUGAACCGGUGGUGUCGCUAUGGCUGACGUAUUUUUAAAUAAACGGUUUUGUUCUCCCAA